UUCGAAAGUGCACAUAUAACAGAUAAGUAUGGCUGCACGAAGUCUCGCUAAAUCUCGACCGGAAACAGUACUCCGAGAUCCCGAAUAACUUCCGGUCUUUUCCAUCGAGUGGCUGCAAGAUGAGUAAGCUCAACCGAGACGCACUUCGUGAAUCCAUUGAAACUAUCCUGAAGCAGUCUCAGGAGAAGAAGAGGAAAUUCACGGAAUCUGUUGAACUACAGAUUUCUCUCAAGAACUAUGAUCCUCAGAAAGACAAGCGCUUUGCUGGCACCGUCAAGCUUCGCUUCACUCCUAAACCAAAGAUGAGAGUGUGCAUUCUUGGUGAUCAAGUUCACUGUGACCAGGCCAAGGCAAAUGAAAUCCCUCACAUGAACCAAGAUGACCUCAAGAAGCUUAACAAGGAUAAGAAGCUGGUGAAAAAGCUAGCCAAGAAAUAUGAUGCAUUUCUGGCAUCAGAAUCAUUGAUCAAGCUGAUCCCCAGGAUCUUGGGUCCCGGGUUGGCCAAAGCUGGGAAGUUUCCUAGUCCAAUUGGUCACAAUGAUGCAAUUGUAGGCAAGGUGGAAGAUGUUCGUUCUACAAUCAAGUUCCAGAUGAAAAAGGUUUUGUGCUUGUCCACUUGUGUCGGCCAUGUCAACAUGACAACAGAUGAGUUAUUUUCUAACAUCACCCUUGCCAUCAAUUUCUUGGUUUCGCUGCUGAAAAAGAACUGGCAGAAUGUGCGUGCACUUUACGUGAAGUCCACAAUGGGACAUGCCCAGAGAAUCUUCUAAAAUUUUGUCUAAAAAUUAUACCAGGUUCAGGGGGAAGUAAAGUGAACUGCAAAGAU